UUCUUUUGUCACAUGGGACCAAAAAAAGUUUAGGGCUUGGGCUUGCACAGUCUCAUACUCUCCCAGUCACUUCCGAUCCGCCACCGCCUUCUGGUUUAAACUUAAUCGUAUUCAUAUUCCUUCCACACUUUACAAUCCAGAGCUUUAUGCUACCAAUUUGCAGCGACAACCACAUCGUCGACGAAGCUUCAACCUCGCCAUUGCCGCUCUACUCUCUCUCAGGUGAAGAGGCUCAUGCAUUUGUGAAUUGAUUAAUGGGGCGUAACGUUUCAAAUCGUUCAGUAUCUCCGGUUGGGUCUCCUCGUAGGAGGAGCCCAUAUAGGAAGAGUCCAUCUCGAACAGAAAGAUCACCUGCCCGACAUAGGAGAUCCAACAGGGGUAGUUCUCCACCAAGGGAGAAACAUUCGAGUCACCAUAAGUCUCCGAAGCAUGCAAGGUCCCCUUCUCCUCUUGCUCACUCUCCUUCUCCCCGGACAAAACGGUUAAGAAGAGCUCAAGCUGGAAGAGAGGCUGAAAGAGUAUCUGAAAGGAACAAUGGGAAAGGACCUGAUAAGGAUUUACAGAAGGAAGGGGGUUCAGUGAGAGAUGUUGGGAGCGAUAGAAAGGAGAGACGAUCGGGAAGAGAUGAUACUGAUGGUAAAUCUUUAACAUCAAGACAUGGUACUUCUCCAUCAGAUCGACAGCGCAGGAGUAGGCAUAGAUCCUCCUCACCUCAACCUGCUGGUGAUACUAGAGGUGUGGAGAAAGUAAUUGAUAAAGACCAUGCAGGGAAUCAUGGCAGAGGGAGUGAUAGAAGUAUGCAAAGGGAAAAAGGUUCAGAUAGGGAAACUGAGAGUGGCAAAGUGGAGAGAAAGUCAGGAAAAGACAGUGCUGAUCACAGGUCUUCAAGAUCAAGACAUGGGCGGUCUACUUCUCCAUUAGAUCGGCACCACCAGAACAGACAUAGUUCUCAUUCACCUCAACAUGCUGCCAAUACCAGAAUUCGUGAUGAGGUGCCAAAUUCAAGAGGAGCUGAGCAAGGGGAUGAUGAGAAUGAUGCAGUAGCGAUGAUGAAGGCUGCAGAGGAGGCCUUGGAAGCAAAGCAAAAGCAAAAACCUUCUUUUGAGCUGUCUGGGAAGCUUGCUGCAGAAACCAAUAGAGUCAAUGGUGUAACACUAUUAUUCACCGAGCCUCCAGAAGCACGAAAACCUAACGUGAGAUGGAGACUUUAUGUUUUCAAGGGUGGUGAAGUUUUGAAAGACCCCCUUUACAUACAUCGUCAAAGCUGUUACCUAUUUGGGAGGGAAAGAAGGGUAGCAGACGUCCCUACAGAUCACCCAUCCUGCAGCAAGCAACAUGCUGUUAUACAAUACCGGCAAGUAGAAAAGGAGCAACCUGAUGGUAUGUUAUCAAAGGAAGUAAGGCCGUACUUGAUGGACCUCGGAAGCACAAAUAAAACUUUUCUUAAUGAAAAUGCAAUCGAACCUCAACGAUAUUAUGAACUUAUGGAAAAGGAUACAAUCAGAUUUGGUAAUAGUAGCCGGGAGUAUGUUCUGCUGCACGAAAACUCAAUGGAUUGAUGGGUACAAUUUGGCGGCGCACCUACCUUUCUAGCAUGUGGAAUGUGUAAUGUACGGACCUCUUUUAGUUUUGGCAAAUCAGAAUGUAUGGAAGUGAGUCGAUUUUACGAAUACCAUCAAAGUUUUCUGAAUGUUAUUUAAGGAUGUUACUAGAUA